AGUUUUGGUGGGAAAAUUUUGGUGAAGAAGUAAAAUAGCUACGAAAGCAAGCAUCGACUUCUGGGAGACAAGAAAAAUCACACACGCUAUUAGUAAUGAGCACAUUGAGUACUAGUAAUAAUCAAAUUUACAUUGAACUGCAGUCAAGUCGAGAAAAGAUUGAAGCAGUAAUUUUUGAAAAAGAUCAAGAAGGUGUACCAAAAAUUGUGAGUGUGUUUUCUUGUUGCCUAGGAACUGAAGUUGAAAAUUUUUCGGUCGCAGAACUAGAAAUUUUUGCCUUUGUAAAAGUUUAUGAACAAUUUUUCGACGUAAUCAAUAAUAGACAGGUAAUAGUGAUUACAGAUUCUACGAUAUUGAGCAUAUUGGUUGCGUGAUCUGUUGCUGUAAAUAUCGUUAAUAACGACAUUCAUAGGUGUUACUGUGUAAUAAAAAAAUCAGUGAAUAACUGGGAAUAAUAUUCUGUUGAGAGCUUGCUGCGCAAUUUAAUUGUCAAGUAUGUCAGACUACAAUUCAAAUGCAUACCGUGACAUUACUGAUCAAUAAUGAAAAUUUCAAUUUAACCAUCUUAGAACUUUUACCGCUAAUAAGAUUAAACACUCCAUUAAGAAUCGACACACAUGUUAAAAUUACAGAGGCAUUAGAAUUACUAAAAUCAAUCCCAGUAAAGAAAGUUAUAGAGUUUCUGACAAAAAGACUAGGCAAAGUCGUAAGUGAGAGUCCUAGCAAAAUUCGACCAGAGAUAACUGCCUACGUACCAGUCUAUGAAUCUGUUGAAGAAUAUGAGUCAAGAGUAAAAGAGCUCCACCCCAUAGUAAAAUCAAUAGAGUUUGAUGAGGAAGGAAACCCAGCAGAUAUUAGCAGAU